UAGUGCUGCCGGGCACCCAGGCGGGUGGGGUUUCGUACGCGGUGCGCGGCGGACGGCGGAGGCAGCGGGGAACGGAGCGGGGCCGCUGGGCCUUGCGAAGGCCGCAGCGGCAGUAGUUGGGCCCCCCGCCCCUGCCGGCGGCCCGGAGAAUUUAGAAAGGGGGCCGGGGGGACCCGCCCCCGGCCGGCCGCAAUCAUGAACUCCAACGUGGAGAACCUACCCCCCCACAUCAUUCGCCUGGUGUACAAGGAGGUGACGACGCUGACCACUGACCCACCGGAUGGCAUCAAAGUCUUCCCUAACGAGGAGGAUCUCACCGACCUGCAGGUCACCAUUGAAGGCCCUGAGGGGACCCCAUAUGCUGGGGGCCUGUUCCGCAUGAAACUCCUGCUGGGGAAGGACUUCCCUGCCUCCCCACCCAAGGGCUACUUCCUGACCAAGAUUUUCCACCCAAACGUGGGCGCCAAUGGUGAGAUCUGCGUCAACGUGCUCAAGAGGGACUGGACAGCCGAGCUGGGCAUCCGGCAUGUGCUGCUGACCAUCAAGUGCCUGCUGAUCCAUCCGAACCCCGAGUCUGCCCUCAACGAGGAGGCAGGCCGCCUGCUCUUAGAGAACUACGAGGAGUACGCAGCGCGCGCCCGCCUGCUCACAGAGAUCCACGGGGGCGCGGGCGGGCCCAGUGGGGGCCAGGCUGAGGCCUGCCGGGCCCCGGGCAGUGCAGAUGCAGCCGCCUCCACCGACCCUAUGGCCCCUGGGGGUCCAGGAGGUGCCGAGGGCCCCAUGGCCAAGAAGCACGCGGGCGAGCGUGAUAAGAAGCUGGCAGCUAAGAAAAAGACGGACAAGAAGCGGGCGCUGCGGCGACUGUAGCGGGCCCUUCUCCCUCACCCCACCCCCAACCCAACCCUCUACUCUGUCUCUAAGUUAUUUAAAUUAUGGCUUGGUUGGGGGAGGGCUGGGGCACUGGGACCUGGAAUUGUUUUUCUAAAUAAAGCUGGAAAAGCAGCUGCUCUGUCUCCAGAUGCUGGGCCAUUGGCUGCACUCUGCUGGCACACCCCCCACCCCCCACCGACCACCCCAGGCCUCCUGGAGGCUGCAGCCUGAGUCCCUCCAGCUCUACAGGCCUCCUGCAUGAGGUGGGGCUCCCUAUCUUGGGGCAGUCAGCAGGUGAUGCAGCUCUUCCCUGGAGUAAGGUUUCUGUCUAAAAUGGGGUGGGGGGAGGUGGGCUGAGGCCUCCUGGUAGCUUCUGCCCUUCCAGGUGGGAAUGUUGGCUCAGCAGUGUCCCUUCCUGGCCAGGUGACAGGCGUGUGCAGUGAGCUGCUGCACCCUCAUAGGACCAAGUCCAGCUCUGACCAUAGGCUUCAUUUUACUUCUGGACAGCAAAGCCUGCUGUGUAUAUGCCUAACAAGUAAAUCCCAGGCCUGCAAGCAGAGAGACCCCCCACAGUGGUGGGCAGGUGGCCUGGGUUUGGGGAGGACCAGAUGCUCAGGGCAUGGGGACUUCUCUGGGUGUCUUAAUUCUAGAUCAAUGUGGUAGUGGCCACGUGGGUGUAGAAAUUUGUCAGGAUUUAGACUUAAUACUUAAAGUAGAUGUAUUUUACUUUGUGUAAAGUAUACCGAAGUGAAGCUGAUUUAAAAUUUUUUUAAAUCGAGGACUUCUGUUUACCUAGAGUGAAAGACAAGUCAGUGGUCAGAAGAUACAAGACAUGGCAAUCAAAAAGAACUAAUCCAAACUAUAUAUGUAAAGAACUACAGACCCAGAAGAAAAAAAAAAGCAGAAACCCUUGAACAGACACUUCACAAAAGGAAGUCCUAAUGCCUACCGAACACCUGAGAAGACCACUGGAAGGUGCAGUGUAACAGCUGCAGCCGCUCCCAGGACCUGGCAGCAGUCUGACAAUGCAAGUGUUCACGAGGUGGCAGAGCAUGUUCAUGGUGGGAGCGGGAAACGGGACCGGGGAGAUGGAAGCCCGCGUGCUUAUUACUCAGCAUCCCUACACGUGUACUGCGCUUUAAACAUCUGUGCUGAUUUUAAACAGUACUCUAUAGACACUAUACCAAACAACACAAAAAUAACGGACUGUCGCUACAGCAGCAUGGAAGGAUCGCCACCACCAUCAGCCAGACAAGUCACAACAGAUAAGGUUUGGCGCCAUGGUAACGCGAUUCCAAAACAGGCACCAGUAGUCAACCUGUCAAGCAUACUAUACACAGGCUGUGAAACUGGGAGCGAGAAGACCUUCCGUGAGGCUCAGCAUUCUGGUUACCUAGCCGGCAAGGAGUCCCCGGGGGGCUCUGCAGAGGCUGGCGGUCUUGUUUCCUUACUCGGGUGCUGGCUACGGGCAAGCUUGCUUUCUAAUAAUUUUUGAGUGUAUAAAUGUUUUAUGCACUUUAUAAAGUCUGCCACACUUCAGAAUUUUUAAAAAGUGAAAACUAAAUUUGUACGUGGACUGAUCUCCAAAGUACAUUAAGUGAAAAAAAGCGACAUGCAGUGCAUGCAAUACAUUACCAUUUCUGUUAAA